UCCUCAGGGUUCAGUGCUGAGAUCUCUGUGUUUGUGCAGACGGGAGAUUCUGUUCAGCUGGAUAUACAGACACAAGAACUACCAGAGUUUGAUGAUUUAUCCUGGAAAAAAAAUAAAUCAGAGAAUAUAGUUAAAUAUACAAGUGAAUCUAAAAAAGAAAAACGUUACUCUUCCCACAAGGACAGAGUAGAUUUCAAUAAUAAAACCUUCUCUCUGACUCUGAAGAACAUGCAGAAGACAGACAGUGGACUCUACACAGCAGUAGCAGCUGCAGUAUCAGACAGCAAUAUUGUUACAUACAGAGUAUCUGUUAUAGAUGCUGUGGAGACUCCUGUCCUGACUGUGAACUCAAGCGGAUCUAGUGAUUCCUGCACUGUCAGUUUUACAUGUAGAGGUCAUGACUUCACACUCAGCUCCACUUUUGUAUAUGGCAGCUGCCCACGAGAGGAAGUGACAUCACAGAUCAACACUCUCAUCCUGUUCUGCAGUAUGAAAUCCAUCAUCUGUAACCAUAGCAACCCUGUCAGCUGGAAAGAAGACAGAAUAAACAUCACACAGCUCUGUGAAGGUUAAUAUCUGUUUCAAGAUCAAUAGCUAGUCUUUAUCUCACAACUCAAAUCUCUGCUCUUAGUUUACACACUGCAAGCUGCAUUUUCUCUAAUGAUUUUUUACAACGAUAAUUGUUAUAUGACUAAACUUAAAUAUGAAUAGACUGAUUAUUGCAGUUCUUCAUAUUUUACUUUCCAGAGAAUGAAAUAACACAAAUGACGACAAACUCCUACGGUUCAUCUUACAUGACUGGGCUGAUUAUUGUGUUUGGUGUUGUGGGAGUGAUAGUAUUUGCUGGUUUGAUUCUUUACUGUUACUGCAAAAAUAAAAAAGGUGACACACAGGCUAAAGAUACAGACUACGAUGAUGUUGAGACUCUGACCCAGAAGAUGACAGGAGAUACAUGGACCACCGUCACCUACCGUACAGUAGGACAGUAAUAC